UUCUGUCUGUCUUGUCUGUCUGUCUCCGAGUUCCCCAGUCUCUGGCUCUGGCUCUGGUCUCUGACCGCCUCUCUGCCUAGAGCAGAGCAGGGCAAUCCGUCAGCGCAGCCAGGGGGGAGCCGCCUCGCCCCGGCUCGGGUUACCGGUGACUGACAGCGUCUCCAUGGCGAAUAAUUUGACUCCAACUAUUGUCUGGCGCAGGCAGGCCCCGGGUCAGAUAACCGGACCAAUCAGGGCGCGGGCCGCCGCAGCUCAUGCCCGCUUAGAAUAAUAUUAUUAAAAAAGCAGCGAGAGAACUAGACGGGAGAGCGAGAGAGGCGCUGGCGGCGGGACCUCGCCGGGCGGCGGAGUAUGCAGAGGAACGUCCCGGGCCGGGCUGCGAGGAGCCGAGACGAGGGCACCGGCUGCUGGGGAGCCAGAGACAAAAACAAGCUCGGGGGACAUCGCGGGGCCCCGGCCCCUUGCAAGGACUUACCAAAGUGACUUGGGAACUUCUUUUGUGCAGCCACCCCCCUCCCCUGUUAACUCCCAACCCCCGUUAUUUUUUCCGACUGCUUCUGUUGGGCCCAUCUUUCUUGGCUGCCUCGAAAGCUCAGCCGGCGCCCCAGAUGCAGGGCGGCGCAGCCCUGUGAGCACCCUGGGGCCGCGGCGGGGGGUCGGAGCCGCAAGUCCAGGCCGAGAAGGUUUCAGGGGGUGGGGCCAGGCCCGGGCCGCAGCCCCGGAUGGUGAACAGGGCCCCGGGGUGGCCGGCACCAUGUCCAUGCUGCCCACGUUCGGCUUCACGCAGGAGCAAGUGGCGUGCGUCUGCGAGGUGCUGCAGCAGGGAGGCAACAUCGAGCGGCUGGGCCGUUUCCUCUGGUCUCUCCCGGCCUGCGAGCACCUCCACAAGAACGAGAGCGUGCUCAAGGCCAAGGCCGUAGUCGCUUUCCACCGAGGUAACUUCCGCGAGCUCUACAAGAUCCUGGAGAGCCACCAGUUCUCGCCUCACAACCACCCCAAGCUGCAACAGCUCUGGCUCAAGGCACACUAUAUCGAAGCGGAGAAGCUGCGCGGCCGGCCUCUGGGCGCCGUGGGCAAGUACCGAGUGCGGCGCAAGUUCCCACUGCCCCGCUCCAUCUGGGACGGCGAGGAGACCAGCUACUGCUUCAAGGAGAAGAGCCGCAGCGUGCUGCGGGAGUGGUACGCGCACAACCCCUAUCCGUCCCCACGGGAGAAGCGAGAGCUGGCGGAGGCCACGGGCCUUACCACCACACAGGUCAGCAACUGGUUCAAGAACCGGAGGCAGCGGGAUCGGGCGGCGGAGGCGAAGGAAAGGUACGAGGAAAACAACGAAAACUCCAACUCCAACAGCCACAAUCCACUUGCCACAUCCCUGAACGGCGGCGGCAAGUCUGUGCUGGGCAGUUCGGAAGACGAGAAGACGCCGUCGGGGACCCCGGACCAUUCUUCCUCCAGUCCCGCGCUGCUGCUGAGCCCGCCGCCGCCGGGCCUGCCGCCACUCCACAGCCUGGGCCAUCCGCAAGGCCCCAGCGCUAUCCCAGUCCCCAGCGGUGACCCCCUGCAACAUCACCACGGCCUGCAGGACUCCAUCCUCAACCCCAUGUCUGCCAACCUGGUGGACCUGGGCUCUUAGAGACACUCACUGCAGUCUGGUCUGGCUCCUUCCCUGUCCGCUCUGCUCAGGCCCCACCUUUCUCCAUGUCCAAGCCCUCUCAUCCUCUGCCCGCCCUUCCUUUUGAUUCCAAAAAGUUUUAUUAGAUUGGCAACUGUAUUUUUGAAAUGAAAGAAGGCAAAAUGAUGAGAAGAAGCCUCUCUGUCAGCUGAGGGCCGUGGGCUGUGUAGCAGGUACUGGAGAAGGUACUGUAAAGACUCUGGACAGUAGUGGGAUAACGUCUUAAAGGGGUCGGGCCAGGGCCAAGUGAGGCCGGGAGCUGGGUGCUCAGCGCCAGAGGAAGAGGAGAUGAUCGUCUUUAUUUUUGUUGUUGUUGUUAUUGUUUUAUCCAAGUGGGUUUUUUUUCCAAAUCUUUAGGGCCUGUUUCUUAAACUCGGGAUGGGAAUAAAUUCUGGUCCUGGUACCAGCAGUUUCGUUUCCUUGCCUGGACUUUAACCAUUUCCAGGCUACCUCCAGAAGACUCGACCUCUCUCUCUCUCUCUCUCUCUCUCUCUCUCUCUCUCUCUCUCUCUCUCUCUCUCUCU